GAAGGCAAGGGGCGGAGCCGGGAGACCUCCGGCUGGUGGCCCUCCAGAGUUGCCCGGAGGUGGGCACAAAACAGUAGAAGAAAGGUGGGGGCUAAGGGGUGGGGCCUUAUGUCCGCGUGACAAUGUGGGCAGAGGGAUCGAGCACCAGGGGCGGGGCUGGACUCCGAAGCCCGAAAUGAAACGGAACGACCGGGGCGUGGCCGAGCAGGAAGAGGGCGGGUCCCGAGGAGGGCCUCAGCUGUUUCCCAGCUUGGCAGAGCCCCACGCUGUGCGGUGGCAGCGCAACUCCGGCUAGCGUGGAGGGAAUCUUCGGGAGCCUCCCUUCACCCCCAGUGACUUCUGGGGUCACUGCCGAAAGCCAGCCUACUGCCCAGUUAAAGGUCUGAAGGAGCUGGUUGGAUUAUCUUCCCUCUCCCACCAUGGCGCUCUCCAGAUCCCUCCUCUUCUCUUCAGCCUGAACUGCAUCCAUGUGUGAUCCAGGGAGGCCUGACUAAUUCUAAUCAGGCAGGCCAGGUUCAGAUGCGCUUUGUUGGGUGGUCCUACUGCCCACUCCUUCCAUAACUGGGGGCUGAUGCCCCAGAACCCUCAGGAGAAGAGCCAAGCCUAUCCCCGCCGCCGCCCUGGGAGCCACACAGACCAUAAGAGUCCCAAGGCCACCGCAGGUGCAGCUAUGUACACCUUCUUGCCUGAUAACUUCUCGCCUGCCAAGCCCAAGCCGUCCAAAGAGCUGAAACCACUGCUAGGCUCCGCGGUGCUGGGGCUGCUGCUGGUGUUGGCGGCAGUGGUGGCCUGGUGCUACUACAGUGCCUCUUUACGCAAAGCAGAACGCCUGCGUGCGGAGCUGCUGGACCUCAAUCGAGGCGGCUUCUCCAUCCGCAACCAGAAGGGUGAGCAAGUCUUCCGACUGGCCUUCCGCUCAGGCAUGCUGGACCUUGACUCCUGCAGCCGCGACGGUGCCUUGCUCGGCUGUUCUCGCACAGCAGAUGGGCGCCCGCUGCACUUCUUUAUCCAGACUGUAAGGCCCAAGGACACGGUCAUGUGCUACCGUGUGCGCUGGGAGGAGGCAGCUCCAGGGCGCGCGGUGGAACACGCCAUGUUCCUGGGCGAUGCAGCGGCACACUGGUACGGCGGUGCUGAGAUGAGGACCCAGCACUGGCCUAUCCGCCUGGAUGGCCAGCAGGAGCCACAGCCCUUUGUCACCAGUGAUGUCUACUCCUCUGACGCCGCAUUUGGAGGCAUCCUCGAACGUUACUGGCUGUCAUCGCGUGCGGCUGCCAUCAAGGUCAACGACUCAGUGCCCUUCCACCUGGGCUGGAACGGCACCGAACGCUCGCUGCGGCUGCAGGCCCGUUACCAUGACACGCCCUACAAGCCACCUGCUGGCCGCUCCGCAGCACCAGAGCUCAGCUACCGUGUAUGUGUCGGCUCUGAUGUUACUUCAAUCCACAAAUACAUGGUUCGACGCUAUUUCAACAAACCGUCAAGGGUGCCAGCACCCGAGGCCUUCAGGGACCCCAUCUGGUCCACGUGGGUGCUGUAUGGGCGUGCCGUGAACCAGGACAAAGUGCAACGUUUCGCCCAGCAGAUCCGCCAGCACCGAUUCAACAGCAGCCACCUGGAAAUAGAUGACAUGUACACACCUGCCUAUGGAGACUUCGACUUCGACGAGGCCAAGUUCCCCAAUGCCACUGACAUGUUUCGCCGUCUGCGCGACGCCGGCUUUCGCGUCACGCUCUGGGUUCACCCGUUUGUGAACUACAACUCAUCGUGCUUUGGUGAGGGUGUAGAACGCGAGCUGUUCGUACGCGAACCCACUGGCCGGCUGCCCGCGCUUGUGCGCUGGUGGAAUGGCAUCGGCGCGGUGCUGGACUUCACACGCCCAGAGGCUCGUGACUGGUUCCAGGGACACCUGCGGCGGCUGCGCUCCCGCUAUGCUGUGGCUUCCUUCAAGUUUGAUGCAGGAGAGGUCAGCUAUUUGCCACGGGACUUUAGCACUUACAGGCCGCUGUCUGACCCCAGCAUAUGGAGCCGACGCUACACUGAAAUGGCACUGCCCUUCUUCUCUCUGGCAGAGGUUCGCGUGGGCUACCAGUCACAGAACAUCUCGUGCUUCUUCCGUCUAGUGGACCGCGACUCGGUGUGGGGCUAUGAUCUGGGGCUGCGCUCGCUCAUCCCCGCGGUGCUCACCGUCAGCAUGCUGGGCUACCCAUUCAUCCUGCCCGAUAUGGUGGGUGGAAAUGCAGUGUCUGAGCGCACAGUGGGUGGUAGCGAAGUGCCGGAGCGUGAGCUAUAUGUUCGCUGGCUGGAGGUGGCCGCCUUCAUGCCUGCUAUGCAGUUCUCAGUCCCACCUUGGCAAUAUGACGCCGAAGUGGUGGCUAUCGCGCACAAGUUUGCAGCGCUUAGGGCCUCACUCGUAGCGCCGCUAUUGCUUGAGCUGGCUGGUGAGGUCACCGACACAGGCGACCCCAUCGUGCGCCCCCUCUGGUGGAUUGCGCCAGGCGAUGAGACAGCACACCGCAUCGACUCGCAGUUCCUUAUCGGAGACACGCUGCUGGUGGCUCCAGUACUGGAGCCAGGCAAGCAGGAGCGAGACGUCUACCUGCCUGCAGGCAAGUGGCGCAGCUAUAAGGGCGAGCUUUUUGACAAAACCCCCGUGCUGCUUACUGAUUACCCCGUGGACCUGGAUGAGGUUGCCUACUUCAUCUGGGCAUCCUGACACAACCCAGGACCCAGGAAUCCCACAGCCCUAACCUCUGUCUUCAUGCAGGCGUUUAACCCUCCAUCACAACCACACCGUGCAUCCCCAGGAAGGUCCCACCUCUGCAGUUCCCACUAAGUGGGUGCUGACAUAAAUGUGCUCUAGCCAGCUCCUGCAGGGCCAGGUGAGGGGGCGCUGAAGCAACUUCCCAUUUCAACGCACAAUCCUAAAGACACUCUUUCCCUCCAUGCUCACUGCAGUCUGCAGAAACCUCUUUCUGAGGUGGGAGCGAGAGAACUCUGAGGUAAAAUGCCAGCUAUCUUCCUAUUACACAUGAUUGUGUUUUAAAAGCACAGAGAGAAACCUUACUGUCCGUCCUGGCCUGAAUGGCCAUCUUUGUCCUGAGGUUGGGACUUGAUCCUUUUAAUGUCCCCAAAUAGCUCCCUGCCACACUUAGAAAGGCACAUUCUUGGUGUUGGAAGCCAGGCCCCGAGUUCCCAGCACUCACCUGAAAUGUGUUGACCUGGUCCUACCCCAGCUAAGGAGAUGGGAUGGAGGUGUCUGGCCAACAGACAAGGAGGAUGGAGGUCCCAUCCCAGAGGAUAGAAGGACUGGGCACAGCACUGAGCCAUCAUUGUUGUCCCUCAUUUGUGAAGAGACUCCUAAUGCUGCACUUACCCAUCUAUGUAAACACAUGGGCUCAGCCCUGGACCAGGGCCAUGGCCUAAUGGGCAAGGACUUGCAAGGCCAUGCAGGCCCAACUUGGUGCCUUAAUUCAAGAACCUGUGUGUGUGUGUGUGUGUGUGUGUGUGUGUGAGAGAGAGAGAGAGAGAGAGAGAGGCACCAUGUGUUCCUGGAUCUAUGGAAUGAACACAAUACUUCUGAAGCUGGAUGAGCCUGGAAGGAGGGGACAGGAAGCAAAUUUGAGGUUUUGAUUGUUGAUCUGGCCCUCUUCUGGUUGAUGUCUCUGGGACUAUAGCAGGAAAUAAAUAGCGCUUUCAAGAUUUCUCAGCUGCCUCACUCCCUGCAUACAUGGCAGGGGUGUGGCGUAAAAGGGAGCGAGCGGUGUUCUUUUUCUGAUGGUAGUGUGCUUUGGCACGUGAACUACAUUUGCACAUCGACACCUGUAAAUACACAUACAGGGUAAGGUGUUUCGUUUCAGCCAUUUUCCCUCUCUAAGAAGAGCAACCUCAGCCAGAGUAAAUCUCCCUGACUUUGCAGCUGAGUCUGAAGAAGUGGCUUACCAGAGCGGGGAGGUAGGAAACAGGGCAGGGCUCAGCUUCCCUCAACCCCUAAAGAAUGCAUCCUUUUGUCCACUCCUCUACCCCCUCUAUUUCCCUAGUGUGAAGAAUGCCUAAUGAAAGUUUGGGGGCACUCACAGAUGUCUAUCUUGAGUGCUGAUUUUACCACUUGUCUAUAAGCUGUGUGAUUUUAAGCAAGCUGCUUACACUUAUUGAACCUCAGUUUCCUCAUAUGUAAAAUGGUGAUGAUAUUGCCUACCUCCCAGGAUAUUGUGGGAAUUAUAAGUACAGAUGUAUGUAAAGUGCCUGGCACAAGUAGGUGCUCAAUAAA